AUGGUAGUUUGCACUGACAAUAAUUCUACUCCUACAACUACUCAAGGAGGAUAUUCUAUUUCUUCAAGUAUCAUCACAUCCUCAAAUAUAUCUUCUGGAAAUCAUCGAUCUUCUUUAACAAAGUUGUCAAGCGGAAAGCGAAAGUUGAUAAAUACUGCACGCAAUAUAAAUCCUGUGCCAAUGGUUGACUUGACAUCAGAGGUAGAAUCUGAUGUGCACUUUAUUGAGAAAGACCCAUUUAAAGGAAUCUCUAAAGAUUACUUGGAUCAUGGUGAGCAGAAUGUUAUAUGUGGAAUAUGUAAAGCGAGAUUGUGGAAAGAUGAAGCCGGUAAAGGAAAAAUAGAACUUGACAAACUUUGUUAUUUGCAAUGUUGUGGAUAUGGCAAGGUUGAGCUUCCUGAUUUCAAAGACAGUCAAUCCAGCUAUCAAUGUCUUUUUCGUUGUAUGGAUGAAAAAAGCAAGCAUUUCCUGAAAAACAUCCGUCGUUUUAAUUCUAUGUUCACUUUUACUUCAAUGGGUAGGAAGAUUGAUUCAUCUAUUAAUAAAGGUAAUGCUCCAUACAUAUUCAGACUUGGCGGUCAAAAUUAUCAUUCUAUGGGAAGUCUUCUUCCCGAAAAUGGAGAAAAACCAAAAUUUGCUCAGUUGUACAUAUAUCAUACUGAUAAUGAAGUUUCAAAUAGACAGACAUUAUUCAGUCAAUCAAGAAACCGUUCAACAUCAACAUCAGAGACAUUAGAUACUGAGAUUAUACAGUAUUUAAAGAUUAUGCUAGAUACAAAUAAUCAGUUGGUGAAAACUUAUAGGAGUGUACGAGAUUGUUUGAAGGUAAAUCCUCAUGUUAAUCUUAAGCUACGACUAAUUGGUAAAAGAGAGAAAGAUGGAAGAAUAUACAAUUUACCAACGGCUUCUGAAGUUGCUGCUUUGAUUGUUGGAGACAUUACUGAUUCGUUAGAAAAGCGAGAUAUUAUUGUUGAAACUCAAACCGGUGAUCUACAACGUAUAAGUGAGCUACAUCCUUCAUAUCUAGCUCUUCAAUAUCCACUUUUAUUUCCGUAUGGUGAUGAUUGUUAUCGUGUUGAUAUUCCUCAUAGAGAACUUAGCACUUCAAGCACUAGCAAACGUCCAAAUUGUACCAUGCGAGAAUGGUUUGCAUACCGAGUUCAGGAUAGGGAUAAUAAUUUCUCAUUGAUUCUUAAUUCACGUAGACUUUUCCAACAAUUUUUGGUAGAUGCUUACACUAUGAUUGAAACUGAAAGUCUAAACUUCAUACGUUACCAACAGAAGGAUCUUAGAUGUGAGUCAUAUGAUACUCUUCAAAACUUACAAAAGGAGGGUAAACAAGAUAUAUCAAAAGUUGGACAACAAGUAAUACUACCAUCUUCUUUUACCGGUGGAGCGCGAUACAUGAUGCAAAACUAUCUAGAUGCCAUGUCCCUGUGUAAGUGGUAUGGCUACCCAGAUUUUUUCAUAACUAUUACAUGUAAUCCUAAAUGGCCAGAGGUAAAAAGGUUUCUUAAGGAUACGACCAUAAAUCCGGAAGAUAGGCCUGAUAUAUUAUGCCGCAUAUUCAAAAUCAAACUUGAUUCAAUCAUCACAGAUUUAAAGGAGAAGGCAUUAUUAGGAACUGUACAAGCAGUUGUUUACACAGUAGAGUUUUAG